AUGGCAUCACCAAAUGUGAACAUUUUGCUGUCGUCCUUCCCUGGACUGUCGCUGCCAUCUACCGUCUCGUUCUCUUUGCCCUCAACCUCUAGCAUCUCGGACCUAACGGAGAAAGUCGCCUCAUAUCUCCCGUCCUCGCUUUCCCUCCAGUCCCUGAUCCUCACAACCACCAACAAUAAACAAAUCACACCCUCUGCGGAUCCUUUGCAGUCUCUGAUCGUUCGCGAUGGCGCAUCCGUGGCCUCCACCCUCCUCCCUGUCCGCCUGUCAGUCCCCAUGUGCGGUGGUAAGGGUGGUUUCGGAUCUCAACUUCGUGCUGCUGGUGGCCGCAUGUCCAGCAAGCGCAAGCGUAACCAAGGCGAUAACAACAGCUCCAGCCGCAACCUAGAUGGACGCCGCCUCCGUACCGUGGCUGAGGCCAAGUCACUCGCCGAAUACCUUGCUGUGAAGCCCGAGAUGGACAAGAAAGAGAAGGAGGAGCGUCGCCAACGAUGGCAGGCCGUGGUGGAGCUGGCAGAGAAGCGCCAGGAUGAGCUCAAGAGUGGUGGCGGAAGGGAGAAGAUUGAUGGUCAAUGGAUGGACGAUAAGGAGGAAAUGAACGAGAAGGCACGCGAAGCUGUUUUAUUGGCUAUGAAGGACGGUUCAUGGACUGACAACCUUCGUGAUGCAAUCUUGGGUGGAUCGAGUACCAGUGCCAGCGAGGGGAGCGAUCAAAUGGAUUCGUCUAGCUCUGAGGACGAAGACGAUGAAAAUGUUGUUUCCUCAAGUGCUGCUGGACCCUCUGCAUCCACCCACAAAGCUGCUCCUCGUCGUUUUAUUGGAUUUGACGAUGAUGAUGAGUUUAUGAGCGAUUCUGAGGAGGAAGAGGAGGAAGAGCCUAAGGGCAAAGGCAAAGCCCGUGCCUAA